UUCAUAGCAAUGAAGGUCAAUCAAGCAAAUACAUUCUAGCAUAUUAUUUCAAGCAGUAACUAUAUAACAGUUGUGCUUGAAAAGUGUUGACUACAAGAUGCUAUCCAAAUACAAUAAAUAUUAUAUAACUAAUGAAGUUGAAAGGAAGGAGCAAGAAGUAGUAAACUUCGAUGAAUUCCCCCCAGAAGUUUUAAUCAAACAUCCACUUCAACAUACAUGGACUCUUUGGUAUUAUGAACCAGAUAGAAAUAAAUCAUGGGAAGAAAGUCAAAGAAAAGUUACAAGUUUUGAUACAGCUGAAGAUUUCUGGAGUUUAUAUAAUCAUAUAAAGGCAGCAUCAGAAUUAAAACAAGGUUGUGACUAUAGCAUGUUCAAACAAGGAAUCCGACCCAUGUGGGAAGAUAAUGCCAAUAAAUGUGGUGGAAGAUGGCUUAUAAAUUUAGAUAAAAAACAAAGAAAUACAGAUUUAGAUCACUUUUGGUUAGAAACUCUUUUAUGUAUGAUUGGUGAAGCAUUUAAUGGAUAUUCAGAUGAUAUUUGUGGGGCUGUUGUAAAUGUAAGGCAAAAAGGAGAUAAAAUUGGUGUAUGGACUGCAAAUGCUAAUAGUGAAGAUAGUGUUAUGGAAAUUGGACGUAAAUUAAGAGAAAGAUUAAAAAUUGCAUCCAAAGUUACUAUAGGCUAUCAAAUACAUAAAGAUGUUAUGGUCAAAGUAGGAAGUCAAACAAAAAAUGCUUAUGUUGUUUAAAUCUUAUUAAUGUUAUUAUCACUAUUCAUUAAAAAUUUUUCAAAUAACAAUAUGCAUACAUUAUUAAUAUGGAUAUUACGCAAAAUUUAGAUUACUAAACAAAAUAAAUGAAACAAAAAUUCAAUAACAA